GUGUUCUGUUUCCCCCUUUGGCCUUUUAUUAUCACCCAACCACCCACUGAACUUACUGUUUGACGGACUGAUAAAGUGAUCAACACUGUUCUGCUGCUGCAAAAAUCCGUUCCCAUCCGCCGUUUUUUGUCGUCGUUCCGUGCGCUCCUUCCCUGCUAAAUUAUCAUACAACUUACAGAUAAACCAGUGACGAGAGUUUCGGCCUUAUCAGCUGCGCGGUUCCCUUUUCCGAUUUAACAGUGGUCAGAGUGCAUUCGCUCCGCUUCCGAGAUUUGGAAAAAUCAAUUUUUGUUUGCCUAGGUACUGUUUUUCUCCGCGAGUGUCUUGUUCGGUGUGCCAAAAGUUCCCGUUGUUUGCGGUUUCGCCGAUUCAGCGGAGCGGUCAUCAUUUCGUGAAGAUUCCGUCUCGGAGCAGAGUGUGGUCAGCUGUAUAUCGAUUGUGGUCGUCGUCGGCAGUUUGGUCGGUGAAGUGGAAGAAUUGUUGCUGGCCGGUGUCCGGACGGCUCUGAGGUGCUGUCCCGUUUUGCGUUGCCGGGUGUGCAGAGGCUGGGCGGCCGUUACGACGAUUCCGCCGGUUUUGAACUUGUGACCAGUGGUGGUGGUGUGGAUUGGUGUUUUUAGCGAUUGACUCGAUACGAGCAGCUGGGUUUGCGGCGAUCCGGACACCGGACCGAGAAGAUUGCUGGUGCUUGUGGCCUUCCGCGGGGAACCGGACGACGAGAGGAGACUUGCGGCAGCGGCUACGGCCAUUCGGCGGGAUUGACCGGAACGAGCGCUACGCGACAGAUUGACCACGCAACCACUUUUGUAUUUGUGUGAGCAUCAAAGCCAACCAAACGACGCAGAAUGGGCCGCAAAGUGACACUCGCCGUGGCAACCCUCAACCAGUGGGCGUUGGAUUUCGAGGGGAACAUGUCCCGGAUCAUGGAAUCGAUUAUGGAGGCGCGCGAAAUGGGGGCCACGUACAGGACCGGGCCGGAGCUGGAAGUGACUGGCUACAGCUGCGAGGACCACUUCCACGAGUCCGACACGUACCUGCACUCGUGGCAGAUCCUGCUGGAGAUCAUGACGUCACCGCAAUGCAAUGACAUGCUGAUCGACGUCGGCAUGCCGGUGCAGCACCGCAAUGUGGCCUACAACUGCCGGGUGGUGUUCCACAACAAGCGCAUCCUGCUGAUCCGGCCGAAGCUGGUGAUGUGCGACGAUGGGAACUACCGGGAGACGCGCUGGUUCUCCUCGUGGACCAAGGAACGUCAAACGGAGGAGUACUACCUGCCGCGGAUAAUAUCGGCGGCCACUGGACAGCACACGGUUCCGAUCGGGGACGCCGUCAUUGCCACCCGAGACACCUGCUUGGGGUACGAGAUAUGCGAGGAGUUGUGGAAUCCACGGAGUACGCACAUUGAUAUGUCCUUGUCGGGGGUGGAAAUCAUGGUGAACAGCUCCGGGAGCUACAUGCAGCUACGGAAGGCAUACAUCACGACGGAUUUGAUCCGGAAUGCGAGUUAUAAGGCAGGUGGGGCUUAUCUCUUCAGUAAUUUGCGGGGUUGUGAUGGUCAACGGGUGUAUUUCAAUGGGUGUUCGGCGAUUGCCUUGAACGGGCAUGUCGUGGCCAGAGGAAAGCAAUUUGGGUUGGAGGAUGUUGAGGUGACCACGGCGACCGUGGAUUUGGAGGAUAUCAGGUCGUAUCGGGUGGCGAUGAGGUCGCGCUGUACGAUCGCGGCGUCGACUCCGACAUAUCCGCGGGUGAACGUAGACUUUGCGUUGUCCCAUGCGUUGGAUUUGAACAUUCCGCCGAGUGCUCCGUUGGAGUGGGUUUACCACAGUGCCGAGGAGGAGAUCGCUCUGGGGCCGGCCUGUUGGCUGUGGGACUAUCUACGCCGGUCGGGACAGGGAGGGUUCUUCCUGCCGCUGAGCGGUGGAGUCGACUCCAGCAGUACGGCGAUCAUUGUGCACUCGAUGUGCUGUCUGGUGGUCAAGUAUGUGAUGCUCGGUGACUACCAGGUCCUUCGCGAUAUCCGGAAGAUUCUGGCUGAUCCGGAGUUCACGCCGGAUAAUCCAGCUGCCUUAUGUAAUCGCUUGCUGGUGACGUGCUACAUGGGGAGUGAGAACUCCAGCAAAGAGACGCGUCAGAGGGCUACCAGUUUGGCCAAUCAGAUCGGAAGCUACCACUUGGAGAUUAACAUUGACGGUGCUGUGAGCGCCUUGUUGGCGAUCUUCAACACGGUGACCGGUAUGAAGCCUCUGUUCAAGACCCAGGGAGGCUGUCCACGUCAGAACUUGGCCUUGCAGAAUAUCCAGGCCAGGACCAGGAUGGUCCUAUCGUAUCUGUUUGCCCAGUUGAUGCUUUGGGUACGGAAUCGCCCUGGAGGUCUGUUAGUUCUGGGUUCCGCCAACGUUGAUGAAGCCCUGCGAGGCUACAUGACCAAAUACGACUGUUCUUCCGCCGACAUCAAUCCCAUUGGAGGCAUCUCCAAGACCGACUUGAAGCGGUUCCUACUGUAUGCCAAGGACAAGUUCAACCUCCCGAUCAUAUCGGAUAUUGUGACCGCGCCGCCGACCGCCGAGCUGGAACCACUCCAAAAUGGCGCCCUAGCCCAAACGGACGAAGAGGACAUGGGCAUGACGUACAACGAGCUGAGCGAGUUCGGACGUCUCCGGAAGCAGAGCUACUGCGGUCCGUAUAGCAUGUUCUGCAAGCUGGUCUCCAUGUGGAAGGACAACUGCAAUCCGCUGGAGGUUUCCUAUAAAGUCAUGCACUUCUUCCGCUGCUACGCCAUCAAUCGCCACAAGAUGACAGUACUGACGCCUUCGUACCACGCGGAGUCGUACAGUCCGGAUGACAACCGCUUCGACCAUCGGCCCUUCCUGUACCCCGCCAACUGGAGCUGGCAGUUCAAGUGCAUCGACGAAGAGUUGGAACGGAUCGCGUGCUCGACCACGGCACCGCCUUCUUCAGGGGAUGACUUCACCUCGGCCAAAGGUUACCAUUCGCCUAGCAGCGGCCGCAGAGCCACCAGCGGAGCGGACAAAACCUCCUCACCGCUAUUCUUCUCCGAAACGGGAACCACCGGAGGAGGGAUGAGCAGCGGCGGAAGUGCCCACCAACUGAACAACCACAUCCACGGCCACGAAUCGCUCAAAUUGACCAAGUCGCACAGCAGCGGAGGCUACUCCAAGAUGCACUCCAGCGUCAUGGGCAAGAUCAAGGACAGAACCGGAGUGCCUGUUUAAAGCUCGACGGAAUUGACGAAUCGGAAAUCGAAACCACGCAUAGCAACUAGGGCCAGUAGUAGAUAGCCGAAAGUACCAGUAGACCAGUACCCACGACACGCUUCAAUACCCGAGAUAACGAUUUCUACUCUCAUAUAAACCGAGUUUUUCGAACGUUACUUUCCCGUUAGUUGUGCUUAUCUAAAAAUUUUACGCAGCAUAGUUACAAACCUGUACGACCUUAAGCUAAAGGGCAACUAACUAUUAACAAUAACUGAAAACUUUCAAUCACCGUUAAACUUAGGAGUUCGGACGACACAAACGAAGAGAUUUCAGAUUCUAAUGGCAAACAACGCCGAACAGUUUUAGGAAACAGUAGAAAACACACGAAUUCAAUUAAAAUGAUGAUAGAAUUACACUUUAACACACACAAACAAACAAACAAACAAGCAGAGCAGACCUCAAUAAUUGUAAUUGUUAGCACCACAAAUACACACAAUUUAGAAUUACUUAUUAACAUAUAUCAUAGGUCGCCGCCACGGGUUGGGAGCCAAUUUUGCUAGUGAUUUCUUAGGGAACAACAAGCGACUUUUGACUUUCGUGCUGGAAUUGUCGAGACGAAGAGUUUUGAAAGAUUAGGGCAUUACAUUAGAGAGGUAGAAAGGAGCCCCGAGUGGGAUUUCACGAUCCAUACUGUGGGUGUGAUGGUGGGGAAAAUAGAGAUUCUAAUAAUAAAAUAUUGACACUUUA